UGGCUAAUGCUGAUGAACUAAAAACACUUUGCUCAUUAUUAGAAACAACAAACUGCAAGAAUAAAGUGUCGCCUAAGGACCCAAGUAAGCUGACGUUUGGUCGGCACGUUCCAAAACAUGAAAUGCCUUCAGAAGUUACAUCAGAAUCUAGGCAGAAACUGGUGUCAUCUCCCCAGAUGACACUGAACAAGAAAAUGGAAAUACAGAAGGGCCUACAAAGUGCAGAGGAUUCCUACCUACAAUUCUCAAACAAGGAGGACUUUACACCUGGUGCACCUCACAGGCAAAAGUGCUCUCCAAUUACCAAGGCAAAGAAGGCAUCGAUUUCAAAGAUAAUUAAUAUUACACGGUGUGGUCCUCACAAACACCUACCACCCAAGACCCUGAAAUCACAGACCACUGAAUUUUUAAUAUGCUCUGGGGUCCUAUCUUAUAGGUUUCAUAAAACUCUACUGGAAGAUGCAUCAGUGGAGAAAAAGAAAGGAUUAGGACAAGAAUGUCCAGGAACAAUCCUGGAAUCUUUCCCUUUCUCCAAACUUGUUUCACUUGCAUCUGAAAGAGAGGGAGACAUAGCAAAAUGUAUGGACAAGACACAUAAAAUGUGUCUCAAACAUGUAACUUUGAAGGCGAAGAAGCCAAAGACACUUAAUAUCGCAGGAUGUGACAUAACAAGCCAUCGACGGGAACUAAGAUGCUACUCCAAAACCAAGAUGAAACAAAGUAGGCCUAUGGCAGAUAUAUUCCUAAAUGCCAUUUUAUCAUCAUUGAUAGUGUCCCUUAACAUGAAACUGUGUGACGGAAUAAUAGUGACAAAUAUGGUGCAGAAAAAAAGAUUUAAUCCUGAACCACAACAGCAAGAGCAAGCAGCACAUGAAGAGAGAGCCUGGCAUGUGCAUUCCAUCCAUGAGGGCAUCGUCACAGAUGGCACUAAGGAUGUGAAACAUCUCGUUGGAGGAGCAGACCCACUGGUUUCCCAACAGUUCAGUUUCAAAGUUAAUGAAAUGAAGGAGCCCAACUUGAGGAAAUCAGAGCUAGAACUGAAGAUUUCAGCAACCAGCAAAAUGUUGGAAGUGCUCCCUACAGCUCAGGAGCUCCAGCAACAGACGCUUGCUACCCAAAGUAGAUUAAAUUCUAUUCUGAGUUCAUCCCCAUUUGAGAAGCUACAAAGAACAACAGAAUCACAACGUGAAGAAAAGGACAGAGCAAAACCAUUGGAAAUGAAAGGAAUCAUGGACUAUAACAUUGCUUUGAAGGCAGAGAAACCUUCGCUGUUGUACAUACCUGGUGGAAAGGAAUUGCCUUUGCUGUUGCACAGUGUAAAACAAGAGAGCAACGUGCAAGAAGGUAAAGCUAAGUCACAGAGGAAACUGACAAACUCUUAUACUUCUUUAUCAUCUCUAUCACAUGUUAAUUUGUAUUCAAGAACAGAAGUAGAAAAAGAUAAGCCAAGAAUAUUAAAGAGUUGCCUUCUGGAACGAAAGCCCCAGGCAUCGUCAAAUGUCAAAAGAAUUUCCUUUGCAGAGCCAGCUAAUCGAGAGAGUUUGUGCAAUGCAUUGAAAUCAAAAUGUUUGCUGCAAAAGAAGGAGAAACCUGGAGAAAAUAGAGUAGAUGUAAAAGAUAUAAUGGAUCUCGUAGGUCUCUCCCUGAAGGGCAAGAAUUCGCCAUUUAGACAAAUACUGCAUGGAAAGAAACCAGGGUGGGGCAAUAAAAAACAAGAGGACAUGAAGAAGAAAGACAAAAGCAAUCUAAGUGUAGUUCAGAACAAAUCCUGGGAUUCCAUCCUUCCUUUACCUCAGGUGGAAUGGGAUCUCAGAAGGAAGAAGCUAUACAAGCAAAAAGUAGCACAGUUCCGUCUUCUACCAUUGACACUCCAGGAACUGUCAGAGGCACACAAGGAGCCAACUGAUGGUAUUUUAACCAUUAUAAAAAGAGCAAAAUAUAUGCCACAGAAUAAUAGAAUGCAAACAGAUUCUGAAGAAAUAACACCUUCUGAAAGGAUAUUUUUGAUGACAAAGCAAUCCUCACGGCCACAGGAAUUAGAGAUGAAUGUUGAGAAAAAAGAGAAAAAGACACAGGAAGAUAAACAAGUUGAGAUUGGGGAGAAAUCUUCCAUUUCUUUUCCACCUUUCUCUGAAGUAGAAGUAAGAAAAAAAGGAGAGAAAGCAUUGCAAACAAAGACAAGAUCCCCUUUUCAUGUAUUUUUGAUGCUGUCUCAUACAGUAUAA